UAGUUAGCAAUCGGAGUUACGCAUCUCUAGCUCUUCUUCUUCCAAGGCCUGAACUCGUUUGACUUAAUUUUGUUGGGACGCUGACAAAAUAACAAAAAAAAAGGGAAAUUAACGACAAAUAACCGAAAAACAAUGGACGAGAACUCAGUGGAACGUGUCGAGGAUAAGCGGGUGGUGAACGGACGCACGGAGUACUACCUGAAGUGGAAGGGAUAUCCGCGCAGCGACAACACGUGGGAGCCGGUGGACCAACUCGACUGCCCGAACCUGAUAGCCAACUUCGAGGAGUCGCUGAAGAACAGCAAGGAGGAGGUCACGGUGUGCGAUGCCGACUCCUCCACCACCGACUUCAUUCCCGUCCCCAGGGAGCGCCAGAAUCUGACUGGCUUUGAGCGCGGUCUGGAGCCAUCAAAGAUCCUGGGCGCCACCGAUGCGUCCGGCGAACUCAUGUUCCUGAUGAAGUGGAAGGGCUGCGAUCGCGCGGACAUGGUGCCCGCCAAGCUGGCCAAAAUCCAUUGCCCCCAGACGGUCAUCAAGUUCUACGUGGAGCGCCUAUCCUGGCACAAUGGCAGCGAGAACGGCAAUGACAACGGUGAUCUGGCCUCCUCCUCCGGGGGACUGGGCUCUGCCGAAGUCAGUUGCUCCGCCGACAAUAUUGCUUACGGCAUCGUGAGCACCUCAACCAGCGACGACGAAGAGGAAACCGAAUCGACCAGCACCGAAUCGACCGGCAGCCUCAACCAGGAGGAGGACGCCGAGCCGGAGAUGAGCAGCGAGUUGGACAACGGCCAGUCGGACGACGAUGACUAGUUCUGGAUGACAAUUCCAGAUUUUCCCACUUGUGUGAAUACACACACGCCGUCUUAACAAACAAACGAUAUAUACAUACCUUUACUAUCGAUUAACUAAAGUUCCAACAAAGAUCCGUUCCGCUUUAGGUCAUACUUGAUCUACAAACAAGUUGUACGAUCAAAAUACAAAAUACAAUUGAUCUGGCGUAAA